UAGUAACGUAAAUUACUGUAAUCUUUGGAUAAUUCGGAGAACUUGCUUCGGUAAGCAAUUGCCAUUUCCUCGUGAGUGUUACUGACGUGGCAUACGUUUUUUUUUGAAAUCCAGACGCAAAUCGAUCAUUUCUCAUUACUCCGUAUUAUUUUCUCUCUACAAAAACCAUCUUAACCCAGGAAAGAAGCAAUUAGUUCUUUAGCAGUUCAACCUCUCUGAGUAAUCUGGGCGUACAAUCCUCCAAGUUUUCCUACAAAAACACCAAAAGACGCAAUUUUGUCAAUGGAAAACCCCGGGAACCAAGAGGUAGCAGGGCCACCAGUUGAAGGAAUUGCUGGAGGUGGCACUGCAUAUGGAUGGACUAAUGGUGAAGUAAAUGAUCCAAAACCAUUAAGAGGUGUAAUUGAUCCUGCUAAAGUUCCUACUUCAGAAUUGGUGCAUGUUUGGUGGAUGCCCAGUACCGCUAAUGUUGGGCCACAGGAUGUGCCUCAGCACAUGGAGCCUAUAUCUCUUCUAGCAGCCAGAAAUGAAAGAGAAAGUAUCCAGGUUGCUAUACGGCCCAAAGUUUCGUGGGGUGAAUCUUGUUUUGCAGGAUCUGUACAGCUUCAAUGUACUGACCUGUGCUCGUCUACUGGUGAUAGGUUGGUAGUUGGAGAAUCAUUGACCAUACGGAGAGUAGUACCUGUUUUGGGUGUUCCCGACGCUCUUGUACCACUUGAUAUGCCAGUCUCACAAUUAAACCUAUUUCCUGGGGAAACUGCAGCAGUCUGGCUUUCAAUUGAUGUUCCAAGUGCACAGCCACCUGGGAUAUAUGACGGGGAAAUCAUUAUUUCUGCUACCAAUGCUAAUGCAGAAUCCAGUGCACAAUCCAUAAGUAAAAUAGAGAAGUACCAACUCUACCGAGAACUUAGAAACUGCCUUGAUACUGUAGACCCCAUUGAAGGAAAACCAAUAGGUGAAGUGAUAGAAAGAGUGAAAUCUGCAACUUCAUCUCUGAGAAGCGUUCUUCAGUCCCCACCAUUCUCUGAUUUCUUAUCAGAAACUGGGUCCAUGGACAUGAUGGAUGAGGAUGCAACUUCUACCCUUCCCAUUCGGUUGAAGAUAAGUUUGACAGUAUGGGAGUUUAUACUACCGGCUACACCUUCAGUCCCUACUGUUAUUGGUAUAUCUGACACUGUAAUUGAAGAUCGGUUUGGUGUUGAACAUGGAAGUAAUGAAUGGUAUGAGAUUCUAGAUCGGCAUUUCAAAUGGCUACUUCAAUAUAGAAUUAGCCCAUACUUUUGCAGAUGGGGUGACAGCAUGAGAGUUUUGACAUACACCUGCCCAUGGCAAGCUGAUCAUCCAAAAUCUGAUGAAUAUUUUUCUGAUCCCCGACUUGCGGCGUAUGCUGUGCCCCACUGUCCAGUAGUCAGCUGUGGUGAUACUGCAAAUGACUAUCUGCAAAGAGAAGUUGAGAUAUUGAGAACAAAAUCUCAUUGGAGAAAAGCCUACUUCUACUUGUGGGAUGAGCCUCUCAAUCUUAAACAGUAUGAUGCUGUCCGAAGCAUGGCCGGUGACAUUCAUGCUUACGCACCAGAUGCUCGUGUUUUGACUACGUAUUAUUGUGGUCCCCAUGAUGCACCUCUUGCCCCCAAUAACUUUGAGGCUUUCCUGAAAGUUCCUGAAUUCCUACGGCCCCAUACACAGAUCUACUGUACAAGUGAGUGGGUGCUUGGGAACAGAGAGGACCUUGCGAAGGAUAUCAUUUCACAGAUACGACCAGAAAAUGGUGAGGAGUGGUGGACGUAUGUAUGCUUGGGGCCCACUGAUCCUCAUCCCAACUGGCACUUGGGAAUGCGAGGUACACAGCAUCGAGCAGUGAUGUGGCGUGUUUGGAAAGAAGGCGGAACAGGUUUCUUGUAUUGGGGUGCCAAUUGCUACGAAAAGGCAACAGUUCCUAGUGCCGAGGUAAGAUUCAGGCAUGGUCUUCCUCCCGGGGAUGGAGUCUUGUUUUACCCUGGGCAGGUGUUUUCCUCUUCGCAGGAACCAGUUGCUUCGUUAAGACUGGAGCGGCUUCUGAGCGGCUUACAGGACAUUGAGUACCUUAGGCUCUACACUUCAAGGUUUGGUAGGGAGGAGGCGCUUAGCCUGCUGGAUAGGACAGGGACAUAUCAUGGUCCAGAACGUUACACCAUGGAACACACCCCUAUAGAUGCCAUGCGGGGAGAGAUUUUCAGGACGUGCCGGUCAUAGCGUGACCAGUUUUUGGUUAUGAUAAUUGAUAAAUUCAUAAAUUAUGUAUAUGGGGUUUUGUGCUGUCUGAAACUAUGCUUAUGUGUAUCCAACCUGAAUAUCCAGAACCAGAAAUCUCCGUAUGAAUGCUGGCUUAGCAAAGCAAAAGCAAAGCAAAGCGUUUGAGUACAUGUUUGUGUGUAUGGCUCUGUUUGAUAGGAUUCAUAUUUUCUGGUAUGAUAUGGUUGAUCUAAUCGCGUCUAGUCAAUUUUGGUAUUAUGUAAUUUUUUUUACAUUUGUAUUUUAAUAACAUUUUAAUGUAUUAUUCAUUUCACGAUUAUGAAAGUAU